AUGCCCAGGAGAGGGUGUCACCUGCGCCCGACGACUUGUUGAUUCCCAGGAGCGCCGCCUUCCCGGGUCCGGGCCCCUAAGACCAGAGCCCGAUCUCGCUCACCUGUUCCCCAGGCGCGGCCCGGGGAGCCCUGAGACCCUCCCGGGACCGCUCACCCUUCAACUCCACAGCCAUGAGCAAGUUGGGCAAGUUCUUUAAAGGGGGAGGUUCUUCCAAGAGCCGAGCUGCUCCCAGCCCCCAGGAAGCCCUGGCCCGACUUCGGGAGACAGAAGAGAUGCUGGGCAAGAAACAAGAGUACCUGGAAAAUCGAAUCCAGAGAGAGCUCAGCCUGGCCAAGAAGCACGGCACACAGAAUAAACGAGCUGCAUUACAGGCACUGAAGAGAAAGAAGAGGUUUGAGAAACAGCUCACUCAGAUUGAUGGCACUCUUUCCACCAUUGAGUUCCAGAGAGAAGCCUUGGAAAACUCACACACCAACACGGAGGUGUUAAGGAAUAUGGGCAUUGCAGCAAAAGCCAUGAAAGCAGUUCAUGAAAACAUGGAUCUGAACAAAAUUGAUGAUUUGAUGCAAGAGAUCACAGAGCAACAGGAUAUUGCCCAAGAAAUAUCAGAAGCGUUUUCUCAACGAGUUGGAUUUGGCGAUAACUUUGAUGAGGAUGAGUUGAUGGCAGAACUUGAAGUAUUGGAGCAGGAAGAAUUAAAUGAGAAGAUGACAAAUAUCCGACUUCCAAAUGUGCCUUCCUCCUCCCUCCCAGCACAGCCAGACAGAGUACCAGGUCGAAUGUUGAGCACGUCCUCCUCUGCACAUCGUUCCCGAGCAGCAUCUUCCAGGAGGGCAGAAGAAGAGGAUGAUGAUAUCAAACAAUUGACAGCCUGGGCUACUUAAAACAGAAUUUUUGGACACCUAAGUUAAUGAGCUGUACAUAAGACACAAAAAAAUGUUUUUGCCAAAUACAGAAGUUAACAAAGAUUCUGUUUUAUAUUUAUACUGGAUGAGUAAUUGUCUCUUAAGCCUCAUAGGUAAAAGUUAAAAAAAAUGAGUCAUGUGUAGAUUUAAGAUCCAGGAUGGAAUGGGACUUCCUGGUAGCAUUUUGGAGGAUCUCUCCAUACCGAAGGAAAGGGGCAUUCUACCUUGUUCACUACUGUAUUUCUAGUCCUAGCACAUAGUUGUUGAAAGAAAACUGAAUUCUAUUAACAUAUAGCAGUUUACAAGCCACUUCAGAGUGAUGCGUUUAGGAAAGAUGGCGAAAAUAACUUUCUUUCCUAUGAGAAUGCAAGUUUGCUGUGUGUAUCCAUGUUAGAAGAUAUAGAGCCCAAAGUAAAUAUGUAAGAAGCGUAUCUCUUAUAGGAGAGACUUCUUGUAGAGAAGUCUUGUGUGAGUCUCUACAUAAAUAGUUUCACUUGAGUUUUGCAGUUUAAAAUCUUACAGGAGUUUUAAUUGACAUUUAUUAUGCCAAUUAAGCUUGAAAUGGGGCAAUGGAUGCAUUUCCCAAAAUGUCUGAAAGCACUAACAGCUCACACUGCUGAGCGAGAAUCUCCUGGGUGUAAUUUAGCCACUUAGGGAGCUGCAUUAACAUUCCCCGUUCAUUAUGAGGCUGUUAUGGCUUCAGUGUGCUAAAUGUGUGAAUGUUCAUUCUUUGCUGUUUUGUGCUCUCUUGUACAUUUAUUUACACUUUACAUCAUAUUCCUUGUAAAUACAUAAAAAUAUAGGCAAUUAAAAGUAUAUCUUCAAUAAAAUUUUGGCCAUAAUGAUUUUUAAACGAAAGUACAAUAUCACGUAUUACCCGUUAUGGUUGAUGGACCAUAAAAUGACGUGUUGUUAUAGAAAGUGAUCUAGUAAUUCCCAAUAUUUGCUUAGGGAAUACAGGGUCUAGUGGGAUAGAAAGAACACUAAACCUGGAGGAAGGAGUUCUGGAUUCCAUCUCCUGCUCUGCCACUAACACAGUACAACUAGACAAGACUCUGAGCCUUUGUGUCUUCACUGGGAAAUCUAAGGGUUGGACUUGAUGGUGUCUAAUGGUUCCAUCCUGCCACAGGCCUUUUGCGUAUGCUGUUCUUCUUAGCGGUCUUCCCACCCUCCACAGUGCAGAUACCAUAUCUUACUUAUUCUUUAAAUCUUAGUUAAAAUGUCCUUUGUUUUGGGAAAUUUCUCCUAAUUGUACAGAUUAAAUCAAGUCUCCUGUUAUGGGUUUUCAUAGCACUCUGCUUUUUCCCCUAUCACCUAUCAUGGUUUAUGUUGCAUAUUUACUUGAAUGAUCACUUUAUUAUUCUUCUUGCCUGCUGGGCUGUGGUAAUCUUAAGGGCAUGGAUCGUAUCUUUUCCAGUUCAAUUCCACUGUAUAUCUCUACACAGUUCCUCACAUACAGUUCGCAUUUAAUAAAGGUUUAUUAAAUGAAUGGCUAUUAAGUUUUUACAUCUUUUGGGUCAUGAUAGAAUAAUAGGAACUGGAUUUACCUUCUGCCUUCAAAUACUAGGAAAUUGGACAAAAUAUAUAGGAAACAACAGUUUCCAAACAUUGGACAGCAGGCAGCACUAAGCUGUGAUUCCUGGGAGAGAUACAAAUGAAGUGAGUACUUCCAGUGCCAGCUCACUGCCUUCACAGAGCUUGGUGGUCUUACCAAUUGGGGGAAAUUUAUAGGGGAGAUUCCUUGGAAGAAGAUUGCUACAGAAAGAAAGAGAGAGACAGUGAGCUUGCUGGAGAUCUGCAGAGGGGACCCUUCAAGUCUUUGGCUCAGAAGUGCUCUGUACACAUGUAUGAGGAAAUUACUGAGGAUAGGGAGAAGCACUGGAAAGAACUAGGCAGAUCAAUCCCCAGAGCUCGCACAGGGCUAGGAGUAGUUUAUGGUCCCACAAGCCAUAGGGGAAAGACCUCCUACUACAGAGGAAUCAGAUUCAGUCCUUAGAAGGGUACUGCCUCAUCAGUGAGGUCAAAUUAUGCCUAGAUUAAAGACAGUUCUGGGCCCACCCUAAAAAAGCUUAAAAGCAAGUUUCAAAAGGAUGAAAUGAUUCCAAGUAACCUAACUGCAUCCCAAAACAAAACUCCAAAAUGUUUAAAGGAAUAUAAAAGCUAAUAAGUAACAACAACAAAACAACCAGAAUAAAACUGGCACCCAACGGCAUAAAAUUCACAAAGUCUAGCAUCCAAUCAAAAAUGUUCAGGCAUGUAAAGGAGCAGGAAAAAACAUCCCAUAACCAAGAGAAAAAUUAAACAGUAAGAACAGACUCAGAUAUCACACAGAUGAUGAAACUUGAAGGCAAGGGAUAUUAAAACAGCUAUUAUAAAUAUAUUCCGCAUGUUCAUUAAAAUUUCUAUAGUGAAUACACUCCAUAUGUUUCAGAAAGAAGAGUAAAGCAUGAUCAUGAUGAAGAAAAAAUGGCAGAUAUAAAGAAAACACCCAAAUUGAAAUUCUAGAGGUGAAAAAUACGUUAUCUGAAAUGAAAAUACAGAACAUAUUGGAAGGGAGUAACAUCAGAUUAGACAUUGCAGAAGAAAAGGUUAGUAAACUUAAAGACAUAGCAAAUAAAUAAAAUAAAUAAAAUACUAAAGAAAAGAAAAAACAUUGACAAAAGAUAGAGCAAGAGUAAGCUGUGAGACCAUAUUAAAUUGUCUAACAUGCAGGUAAUUGGAGUCCUGGAAUUGUGGUGGUGGGCUGGAUAGAUUUUGUUUUUGGCGGGGGGUGGGGGGUUGUUUGAGGAGGAAAUAGGAUAGGAAAAAAACCUUUGUAGAAAUAAUGGCUGGGAAAUUUCCAAGUUUGGUGAAAACUAUAAACCCACAGCUCAGUGAAGCUGAACAUACCUCAAAUAUCAAAGCCUCAUAAAUGAGACCUGAGACAUGUUUGAACAUCUCUCCCCAUUUACUUAAACACACAUUCCUAGUUAAUUCUGCCGAACAUGUGAGGUCUAAACAGUAUCCAUUAGCCACAUGAAAUAUGCACUUGAAAUGUGGCCAGUGCAGUUGAGAAACUGAAUUUUUAAUUUCAUUUAGUUUAAAUUUAAAAACUAGUGCUCAAUUCGGUUAUUAGAAAAUGUUAACUAUGCUUGGAAAAACUUGGGUAUGUAGUUUUUCAACUGUAAAAUUUAUGAAAUAUAUAUACAGAAAAAGCAUUUCUAAUUAAAAUUUGCAUCUGAAUUGAGAUGUGCUCUAAGUGUAAAAUAUAUAUUGGAUUUCAAAGUAUAAAAAGAAUGUAGAAUAUCUCAUUAAUACUUUUAUAUUGAUUUUCUGUUGAAAUAUUGUUUUAGAUGUAUUGGGCUAAGUAAAAUAUAUUAUUAAAAUUUAUUUCACCUGUUUCUUUUUACCAUUUUUGAAUGUGGCUACUUGGAAAUUAAAAGUUAUAUAUGUGGCUCCCAUCAUAUUUCUAAUUGGUUAGCUUUGGACAAAAAGAUCAGUUCCUCAUUAACAAUGAGUGCACAAGUAAUCUAUGAUUUGAAGGACUAAAAUGCUAAAGCAUUAAAAUAAAUUUUGCAAAAGAUGACCUCCUACUCUGAAAAGAAAUAAAAUACUUUGAAAUAAAAUCAUAAUGUU